AUUCGAUAACUACUUUUUCCCAUCACUACUACUCCCUACCCCCUGACCGCCCAGCUUGCUGUCCUCAUUCUUUUUCCGUGCGGGCAACAGUCAACAAGUUAGAAAUGUCUAAAAGAACCUACGAAGAAAGGAUUGACUAUUACAAAAAUAAAAUUAAAAAGUACAUGGAUAAAGAUCGACAGAAACGACGACGUUUGCGGUUGAGUUCAUCUUCAGAUGAUUUCCCAGAAAAUGACUACAGGAGCGAGACCCUGGUGCUCGACCGAGACCAGGAGGCUAUCAUCGAGACCAUGGACCCUCCUCCAGAUCUCCGAGAUGAUUUAAGGGCUGGCUCCGCGGAGCCGCCCUCAGAAGACGCAGUGGACUUGAUCAUCGAGCCAACAGCGUCGGCCACGGAGCCUCCACCGGCCACAGACCCAGCGGUCGCCGACCAGCCCACGGGCGCCGAACCCACCACUUCAACGACGGACGUAGACCCCGAUAUUUUACAAGCUCUCGGGGAAGCUACGGACGUGGGACCUACGUUUGGUGAGGAAAUACACCAAACUUUAUGCCAAUUAUGGCAGCCCUUACUUAAAAAAGGUAUGUCCAAAGAAGCGAAGGACAAAAUUUUAAAACAGUACUUGGUUCCAAGCAACUGCACACUGCUGCAGGCGCCGAAACUUAACAUUGAAGUCUCCGCGACAGCCAACGAGAUGGUCAAGUCACGUGAUAAAAAAGUGGAGUCUGCCCAGCAACAACUUGGCGCGGGCAUCACGGCCAUCAGCAGAGCACUGACGACGCUGAUAACGACAAAUAAUAAAGUGGAGGCCGUUAGAGUAUUAAGUGAUGGCUGUCGGUUGCUAUGCGAUUUGCAUUUUAUGGAGACACAAGGCCGAAUCAAAAUGCUCGCAUCUGGGCUUACUAAGCCAUUCCUGAACGUCAUUCAAGACAGUGUACGGGACGAAACUUUGUUUGGUAAUAAUUUGUCUGAGAAGAUUAAAGCAUCAAAUACUAUAGAAAAACAAGGAAUGCAAAUAAGGAAGACACCACAACCUCCGAAAGCCACCACGUCCAGCCACUCAGGACCCAGACCUUCCCAGUUCCAGGGAAAUUGGACGGGCCCUCCUCGGUACCCAUACCCACCGAGCCGGGGGGGGCGCGGGGGACAGCGGAGGCCGCCACCCAGUGCGCGCCGCCCGGCGCCGGCGCCCGCGACCAGCAGGCCGCCGCCGCCGCAGGGCAGGUCGCGUGCCCCAACUCGUCCCUGAUGCAGGUACAUUCUGGUCGUAUUGCCUUUUAUCAUAAUUGCUGGCUUAAUAUCACCAACAACAAUACUGUGUUAAAUUGGGUUAAAACAGGUGUUACUAUUCCAUUCGUCACACAACCUUAUCAAACAAUGAAGCCUAAUAACCAUCAGUCUCUUACAGAACAAAUGGAAAUGUCAUUGGCUAUUGAUAAUCUUUUAGAAUUAGGUGCUAUAUCUCACGUUGAACCAAUACCUGAUCAGUAUAUUUCUAAAACUUUCUUAGCACUUAAGGCUAGCGGCAGCAAAAGAUUUAUUCUUAAUUUAAAAUCUUUAAACAAGUUUAUACCUAAAAAUCAUUUUAAAAUGGAAGAUUUUAGAACUGCUUGCAAAUUGCUUCAACCAAACUGGUAUAUGGCGAAUAUCGAUCUCAAGGAAUCAUACCUACUUGUUCCUAUAUCUGUCGAAGAUCGAAAAUACUUGCGUUUUGAGUACAUACCACCCGGCUCCGCCGAACCGUAUACCUAUGAGUUCAACGCCAUGCCCUACGGGCUGGCCAUAGCACCUAGGUGCUUCACUAAGAUAACAAAGGAAGUAAUAACCCAUUUACGAUCAAAAGGAUAUAAAUCUGUCCAUUAUUUAGAUGAUUUUCUGUGUCUAGGUCGCAAUUAUAAUGAGUGCAUUGCUAAUGUUCGAGAAACCAUAUUAUUAUUAGAAUGCCUUGGCUUUGUAAUAAAUUAUGACAAAAGCUCACUGCAACCUCAACAAAGCUGUAAGUUUCUGGGCUUCAUAUAUAACACCACAGACAUGACAUUGUCCUUACCUAUAGAUAAACGACAAAAAAUUCUGCAACUCGUGCAAAAAUUUCUAAGCCUACCCACUGUUACAAUACGCGAAUUCUCCAAACUAAUUGGUACUCUUGUGUCAGCGUGCCCAGCUAUGCGAUACGGCUGGUUGUAUACCAAAAUAUUAGAAAGAGAAAAAUAUUUAUUGCUGCAAAAGUAUAAGUCGUAUGAUCAGAAAGUAGAUCUCCCGCCUACAAUUUUGCAGGAUCUUUAUUGGUGGAACAAUAAUGUGCUCAUAGUAAAUAACCCUAUCAAACAACCUAGCUUUGAUUUAACUAUAUACACCGAUGCCUCACGCACAGGCUGGGGGGCAUAUUCUAAUGACACACGAGUGAAUGGGGGCUGGAAAGAUGAAGAAUUAGGCUACCACAUAAAUUACCUUGAAUUACUAUCAGUUUUCUUUGCUUUAAAAUGCUUUGCUAAAAACAGAUUCUGCUGUUCUAUCUUGCUUCGAGUAGAUAACACUACGGCAAUUAGCUACAUUAAUCGAAUGGGUGGCAUUCAAUUCCCACAUUUGAAUGCACUUGCACGUGACAUAUGGCAGUGGUGUGA